AUGAUAUUCUUCUGCAAAUUGUAUUUGAUAAGCCUAAAAACCUAAAAAUAUUACAAGCCUCUAUAAGAAAAAAUUUAAUUGUAUUAAAAUAUAAAAAUAUUUAAUUAUAAUACUUUCUGUGAUUACCUUCAAGUAAUACCAGCAUAAAUUGCUGACACCAUAUAGUUUCUAAAAUCCAUAUAACUUGUUCCUAGACACUUAAUAGAACGGGGAGGCUAGUACUUCAAGAAGAUCCCUAUUAGUAGUUUUAUGAUUUUUCCAUGA